ACACCCAGACCCCUGCAAUUGUCAAGCAGCAGAAGACAAUUUCUAUCACAACAAGACAAUUUCGGGCUCACUCGACUGCUAACCACCAUAACAUUGACAGUCAACACGAAUUCUUGCCAAUCUUAGUGAAGUGAAAGCUUCUGAACUCGACUUUUGAACUAGAUCCAGGAGAUGUGCCUGGUCAUAACCAUGGAAUGAUUUGCGACCCUCGGAAGAGACAGCGACAGGAAGGUUACCCCAAACAGCCUCGUGCUGAUCUCUCACCAAUAAAGAAGUACUACAUUUUAAGAAGUACCAAAAUAUUCUUGAAAAAAACAAAACUAAUAGAGAUAAUAUAAGAAAAAAAAGAAGAAGAAAGAAUAUAGAUCCAGGGGAUAUAGACUGUACAAGAGUCUAAAAAGAAGAAAGAAGAAGAAGAAAAAGACCAUUUUACCUUCGUCUAUAAUGGUUCCCGAUGUUGAUAUAUUCAUUGGGAACUACACUAUAAUUGACCAAGAAGUCUUUGGACUAUGGGUUCAAGGAUAUUCAGUUGUGGAGGCAGUGUCAGUGCUGCAACAAAGGGGAGCUUUGGAAACAUGGGGAGCGUCACACGAACUGCUCACCUCGGACACCCUAGACCACUAUCGUACGUUUGGCAUGCUGGAAAAACUGCUGCUUACCCCUACAAAGUUGGCUGAAGAGUGGACCUUCCAGCUAGAGCCUGCAGUGCAGAAAAUGGUCAUUGAGAAGUAUUAUGAGUUUGAUGAUAUUGUCAUUCGUGAGAUUAUUGGAAAGAAAUUAUCAGGUAGAACUCGAAAAGACCUUGAUGAUGUCGCUGAAAAAACAGGUGUUUUGUUGCGAUCAUGCAGGCGUCAGUUUGACAAUGUGAAAAGGAUAUUCAAACAAGUAGAUGAAAUGCCGGGUUCCGUGGUGGCAAAUAUCCAGUCGUCAUUUCUCUUGCCAAAUGAAUUGGCCAAAAAAUACGCAUCGAUUGUCUUCAUCAUCAACAACAGAUUCGAGACGAGCAAAAGGAAGCUCAACUACCUCACCUUCGAGGAUUUCUCAGUGUGCGCGUCCCUCAUGAUGAACUCCUGGACGACCUCCACUAUCUCGUCAAGCUUCAAUGUCGGUGCGGAUGGCCGUGAUGACUCUGACGUGGACCGAGAGUUCCUCAUGGAUCUUAGGGACUUCAAGCUCCUGUUAGAUCGGGAGAAGGAGCACAGGAAUAUGACCCUAAGCCACUUGCGGGGCAAGAUCCCUGACCGCAUGUGCACUGAGGUUGAGAAUAACUUCAAGGUCUAUUCGAGGGCUAUCAUUAACAUUGGUUGUGCCCUCAACAACACACGUGAUCUGCGGGACUUCUUUGUUGACACGGUGGAGAAAAUUGUGGACCCGUGUCGGCAAUCGAGGUGGAAGGGGGCCGAGCUGGAGGUUUUCUUGCAGGUCUAUGCUGAUGCAGGGAGUGGGCUUGAUAUUAUGAACAGUGACCACUCUUUACGGAUGACAUGGGAGAGGUACAUGAACACCAUGCGGAUGUGUAUUUGUCAGUUGUACCACUCCUGACAUCACGCCCCUCCACUGCGCCUGACCCGUACAGCUACUGUGCAGGAAAAGGUCACAUCUGAAUGACCCUUGCUUCAAACAAGGUUGCAAACGAGCUUAGAUUGGUAGAGCAGCCUUAGUCACAUCAAACAAUUUAUCAUCUUUUACUGAUUGCAUGGUAGAUGAUUGCUAAAAGAUUUUUAAGCGCAGGCAUUUGAAUAGAGGACAGCAAAGAGUUGAGGAAGUUUUGGUAAAGCGUUAUGUACAUCAGAAAGAUUUAAGGAAAGAAUGUUUUAACUCUUUUUUUUUUUACCCAUUUAUUUAUGUAUUUAAAUUUUUUGAGCAAUUUAGGGUAAAUUAUUCGAGGAGUUUGUGAUAACUUAUUAAAAUCUGCAAUGUGAGAGUGUGCUAGUCUCUGAUUAUACUACCUGGUUGAUGAGAAUGUAAUGAGACAUGCAUUAACAUAUUAUAACAGAUUGUUUUUUGGACUGAAUAAAUUACUUGUAAUUCAUUAUCAGCUGUGGUGAGACUAAGUUGAAAAUUGCACAUUACCUGUUCUAUAUUGGGCGAUCUCCAGUGUUGAUUAAUAUUCUUCUAACACUUGUCAGGGAGGAGAAUCUGAUACCUUUGGUUAUUUAGAUUUUGGAACUGAAGCCGUUAAUGAAAUAGAAAUUUAAUGUUAUGUGUAUGUGUAAUUAUGGUGAGUUCAUUGUGCAUUAUAAAGACAAUAAAUAUUAUUUACUAUUAUCAUCUAUUGUUACACUAAAAAGACACCACAUUAAAAAUAAUAUUUUAUAUAUAUACAUAAAAAUAUUUAAUAUGGAAAACAAGAUUAUGGGGAAAGUAAUUUGAUUUAUAUUCAUACUGUUAUAUUCCUCAUUUUAUCUUAAAAUUCUUGUACUUUUUAUUUAAUCUUAAGUAAAUUAAUAUGUAUGCAUAUAAAUUCAGUGUGCAGUUGAGGUACUAUAAGUCCUUGUUCCUAAUUAGAAAAAUUUCGAAAGACAUUUACAAAAAGCUUACUUUGGUUUGUAAUUAUGUUCCUUUUGUAUGUGAUAUUCAAGCACACAUAUUUUUUUCAUGUAUACUAAUACUUAUGUAAAUAACACAUGUAAAUCUACAUUGUAAAUAGAAAAUACUGCCAUUAAACCCUUCUGCCAGGUACAUGCACUGUUCACUGUAGUAUUGUUUUGUUGAUUUGUUUUACACAUUGCUGGCGUUACACUUUCUUUAUUGUCAAGGAGUUGGUUACUAGGCCUACUGACAUCACCUAUUUACCACUUUACUUUGUGGGAAAAAGUUCUUGUUUCUAAUACUGGUGUCAUUAUUAUGAACAGUAUUAUCAUUAUUAUUGACAUUAUUAUUUUAGUGUUAUUAACAAGCCUAAUAGUGAUAGAAAUAAAAACUUUUCUUCAGAGAAUUCAAGGAAUAGUACAAACUCCUUGGAGAGCCAUGUAUGUGAUAUUGUCAAACUUAAAUCAAGGUGGACAGGGCAGGUGUACAUACCCUCCUGGUAUCAGCUGGUUGAACAGCUAUAUUAAUGUCAGUGAAAAGAGAUUUUGACUAAUGGUCAUAACUAACUACUUUCUUAUCUUUUCUUCAAUGCCAGUGCACAUAUCAAAUCUAACUUACACUUUGCUUGGGCUAAAAUUGUAUAUUCAAGUCAUACCAUUGCCAUGAACAAGAGAAAUCUCAUGACUCUUGGCAAGAGAUUAGAGAUUCUCAACAUAUCUCUUACACAUUGAGGUACAGCUAUGAAUUGUUAUUUAGCCAAAUUUUGUGAGAUUCAUUAACAUGAGAGGGAUGGCUACUAAAUGUCCAGGUUAUUCUACUUGGGAUUAACCUCUAAGUGCAAAAAUAUGCUGCUAUUAUGAGGUCUUUUAGGUAGUGUUGUGUACCAUGAAUUUCCCAAAUGGCUGUUGAUGAUUUUUAAGGCCUGGGGGGAACUACUUGAAUCUUGAAUAGUUUGUCCUGACAUUGUUAAUUUGUGUAGAAAGACACCAGAUUCAUCAUUUUAAAUUUCCUUAGUUAUGAUAAUUGUUUUAUUUCUUAUCUGUCUGCUUACAUGCCCUUCAACAUUUUAAGAAUAAUAUUCCUCAUAAAACAAAAUAGCUAUUGUGACACUAAAUAUAAGUUAUAAUACUUAAUGUUGUUAUCGAGUCCUCGUAUUUUAUUUUUAAUUUUUAUGAUCUUUUGAGGGUAUGUGAAGUCUAUUAUUAUGCAUCCUAGUCUUCCUUACUAAUAUCAUAUUAUGCGGUAGUCAUUGUAAGGCUUUGUACAAAGUUUUGAAUUAUAAACCUUCAUAAAUUAUUGCAGAAGUGUUGUUUAUUUCAGUUAAAAUAAUGGUAAAGUGAUAUUAACUGUCAUGAGAACACAAUGAAAAGAAAAGAAGAAAAGAGGGAGAUAAUUUCAUUGCACAUCAGCAUUUACCAAGUAGCCUGAGCACCUCUUAGUGAAACAACAGCAUGACUUUAGAACAGCACACUCAUUUCAUACUUGAAUUCUAAGUGUUUGCAAACAAAUGGUAUAUAAAAGUGAUCAAAUUACUGUGUGUGUGUGAACCAGAACAUUUAAGUGUUUACAGACUUAAGAAAUUAAUGGUAUUCCUGUAUUUAAUCCUCUUUAGCUGUGUGAUGAUAUAAGAAGUUACUGAAUUUACACAUUUGUCAUAUGCUCAGUUCUGACAUGCUAUUUGAUGUAUAUAUAUAUAUAUAUAUAUAUAUAUAUAUAUAUAUAUAUAUAUAUAUAUAUAUAUAUAUAUAUAUAUAUAUAUAUAUAUAUAUAUAUAUAUAUAUAAUGGCACUGUAACUUUUUUUUGUUUAUACAAAGAUGAUCAGAUGAAGUACCUGAAACACAAAAUUGUUGAACAUCUGUUGAAAGAGUAGGCUUACAUUGAGAAUUCUAGAGUUUACAUACAUUACAAAGACAAAGUUUUAUGCAUAUGUGCAUUGAGAACACUCAUCUGCAAUCUUGAUUAUGUAACUGCCUUAAAACAGUAGUUUCAAAAGGCAUUAGCACUCAGUGCAUCAUACGAUCGAGUACACUGAUAAAUGUUAAAUACAUGUAUAUAUUUGUAUAGCACUCAGCGCAACAUACGAUCGAGUACACUGAUAAAUGCUAAAUACAUGUAUAUAUUUUUAUGUUGAUACAAAGGCAGUGUGUAAUCAAUCACCAAUAAAGUUUGCUGUGUAAGUGUGAAAAUCGCAUGAACAAAUUUUCUGUAAACAAACAAACAUGAUUAAAUACAAUGCAACAGUUAUAUGUUAUAGUAUUUAAUAUGCAAGGCAAGUGCAAAGAAGAUAGAAGUGAGGGUAUAUGUAUGAUAAUGAUAUGUUAGAUUUGAUGAAGUGUUAGAGCUGGUGAAAGAAAGAUUGUAAUAUAUGUAAUUGAUGGAGAAAAUUGUCUGCAAAAUAAAUUAUAUAGAUUGCCAA